CUGACACUGCCCCAGCCCACGCCCCCGUGGGCGGGGCCGGGAUGCACAAGGCGGGCUACCCUGCGGAGAGCGGAGCCUGCGGAGCGGACAGUCAUCAUGGCAGCGGCGUUCCGCAGAGGCUGCAGGGUCCUGAGAAGCGUUUCUUACUUACAGUGCCGAGCACAGCACACGAAAGCAUCUCUGAAGCAGGAGCCGGGAGUAGGGUUUAGUUUUGAGUUGACUGAACAGCAGAAAGAAUUUCAAAUAACUGCUCGCAAGUUUGCCAGAGAGGAAAUAAUCCCAGUGGCUGCCGAAUACGACAGAACUGGUGAAUACCCUCUCCCUCUAAUUAAGAGAGCCUGGGAGCUUGGCUUGAUCAACACACACAUUCCGGAGAGUUGUGGUGGUCUCGGACUGGGAACUUUCGAUGCGUGUUUAAUUACCGAAGAGCUGGCGUAUGGGUGUACAGGGGUGCAAACUGCCAUUGAAGCGAAUUCUCUGGGGCAAAUGCCUGUGAUUAUUGCUGGAAAUGAUGAACAAAAGAAGAAAUAUUUGGGGAGGAUGACGGAGCAGCCAAUGAUGUGUGCCUACUGUGUUACGGAGCCCUCAGCAGGCUCUGAUGUGGCUGGCAUUAAGACCAGAGCAGAGAAGAAGGGAGACGAGUAUGUCAUCAACGGCCAGAAGAUGUGGAUAACCAACGGCGGGAAGGCUAACUGGUAUUUUCUUUUGGCACGCUCGAACCCAGAUCCUAAAGUGCCUGCUAGUAAAGCCUUCACUGGGUUCAUUGUGGAAGGCGACACCCCAGGAAUACACAUUGGAAAGAAGGAAUUAAACAUGGGCCAGCGAUGCUCUGACACAAGAGGAAUCACCUUUGAAGAUGUCAGAGUGCCUAAGGAAAAUGUGUUAAUCGGUGAAGGAGCUGGUUUCAAGAUUGCCAUGGGGGCUUUUGAUAGAACCAGACCUCCAGUCGCAGCUGGCGCUGUUGGGCUGGCCCAGAGAGCUCUGGAUGAGGCUACAAAGUAUGCCCUGGAGAGGAAAACAUUCGGAAAGCUGCUCGUAGAGCACCAAGGAGUUUCAUUUCUGCUCGCAGAAAUGGCAAUGAAAGUUGAACUCGCUAGACUCAGUUACCAGAGGGCAGCUUGGGAGGUUGACGCUGGCCGACGGAACACAUACUAUGCGUCUAUUGCGAAGGCCUUUGCCGGAGACAUCGCCAACCAGUUAGCUACUGAUGCUGUGCAGAUUUUCGGAGGCUAUGGAUUCAACACAGAAUACCCUGUGGAAAAGCUGAUGAGGGAUGCCAAGAUCUAUCAGAUUUAUGAAGGUACUGCACAAAUUCAGAGGCUGAUCAUAGCCCGUGAGCACAUUGAAAAGUAUAAAAAGUAAAGGAAAAUUGCUACUGAAAGAUGCUUCGUUCUCAGUAACUAAAGCUCAAGCACUGUUUAUGCUUCAGAGAAAAACUAAGACUUUACUGUCUCCCCGAGGAAAUCAGAUGAAAGAUGAGUAUUAUGGGUCUGUACAAUUUAUUCCACUGGUGGAGUGCUCCUCUCCUGAAGUUGGUGACUCUCCAGAUGGCUUGGGCCUGUUGAGCAGCGACUUGUCCCCAGUGCCGCUGCCCCUCAGUUGUGUUCAUUGGCUGUGUGAUCUCCUAAGCACAGUGGAGCAUUCAUGCUCACGCGUGUGACAGGACUCUACACACACUGAGACAUGUGGCAGAUUUGGACCCAUCAGGCUCCGAAGACUAAACAACAUGUCCAUGCUGAUGUGUUCAUUUUAUAAUGAUUUAAAGUAGAUUUACUUGGUUUUGCACAGAAGAGUAAAGAAUCAUAUAUUCAUUUUCUCUCCCAUUAUAAAACUAAAAAAUUUUCUGGAAAAUCUUAAUACUGAAUCAACAUUUCACCUGUCCUGCUUAAAAUAAUUCAAUAAAGCUAACCUUAAAUUA